CAGAGCAGCUUCUCGCCGACGGACACCGAAGCGAUGCAGACGCUAGCAACAUGGAUAGAGAACGUGACCAGUCUGUAGUUGUCGCUGUUGUGACUGAGCUUCGAUUUACCCAAAGAUACAGAGACUAUCUCGAGAAGCAGAAACUCUUGGAUAAACUGCACCGUGUGGAAAAGCUGCGGGAAGGCACGGUGGCGCUACCGGUGCUGGCGGAAUCCCUUUCUGAACAGCAUCUGCAGGAGCUGAGGAAUCGCGUGGCCCCAGGCAGCACCUGUGUGCUGACGCAGCUCCUGGAUCCUCUUCCUUCCAAAAAGGCCCGGGUCUGUUCACCUGCUCAAAGACUGUGUCGUGAGGUGAGGCAUUGGGUGGAGGACCGCGGCGUGACGUGGUCUGCUGAAUUGGAGGCAGAUUUGCCCCGAUCUUGGCAACGGCAUGGGGACCUAAUGCUGCUUGGUGAAGACUGUUUCCAAGGCACGCAGUGGAAAAGUUUGCAACCAGGACUCUGGGAGACUGUUGCCUCCGCCUUUGGAGUUCAACGUUUGGCAAAACGAGGGCGAGUGUUACCUGAUGGUAUUCGAACUCCGUCAGUGACUCUGCUGCUGGGUGACCAUGGCUGGGUAGAGCAUGUGGAUAAUGGCAUCCGGUAUAAGUUUGAUGUGACACAGUGUAUGUUCUCCUUUGGAAACAUCACUGAGAAACUCCGAGUGGCAUCUCUAUCCUGUGCUGGAGAAGUGCUGGUGGAUCUCUAUGCAGGAAUUGGUUAUUUUACGUUGCCCUUCCUAGUUCAUGCUGGUGCUGCCUUCGUCCAUGCCUGUGAGUGGAAUCCUCAUGCUGUAGUUGCUCUGAGAAACAAUUUGGAGAUCAAUGGAGUGGCAGACCGGUGCCAAAUACACUUUGGAGACAACAGGAAAUUGACGCUCUCAAACACUGCAGAUAGGGUGAACCUGGGGCUGAUUCCCAGCUCUGAAGAAGGCUGGCCCAUUGCCUGUCAAGUGCUGCGCAGGGAUGUAGGGGGUAUUCUACAUAUCCACCAAAAUGUGGAAUCUUUCUCAGGGAAGAAUCCCCAGCCACCUGGAAGUAGUAACACGGAAAAAGAGCACCUGCUGCAUCCCCAGAGAAGUAUCGCUGAUGAACAAGGAAAUGGAACUACUGGGGAUUUCAGGGGGGAAAUGCUGUCAUCGGCCAGCAAACCGGAGUGGAAGAGAUGGGCAGAAUCUGCAGAAACUCGGAUCUCCUCACUUCUUCAUCAAGUGCAUGGGACACCGUGGAGGACACGAAUCCUUCAUAUCCACGCAGUAAAAUCUUAUGCCCCCCACGUGGACCACGUAGUCCUAGAUCUGGAAUGCCGCCCUGUUCUCUAGUUGCCUAGAAGGGGUUCAGUCAGUGACACAGUAGAGCCAGAUGGCCUGUAGUGCUUCAUCUGGGGCUGAGUUCUCACCCUUCUGUUUUCUGGAGAUCUUUUUAAAUGAUUUGUGGUCUGAAAAUGAACUCUAGACCAGUCCGAAUAAAAUUAUCUUCUGUUGAUCA